CGUCUCCGCUAUAAAUACCAUCCGCUCCCCCGCUUCAUCCUCCUCAUUAACCGAAACCCCAACCCGAUCGAGAAGCGCGACGAAAGCCCAAUGGACCUCCUCCUCCUCGAAAAGGCCCUACUGGGCCUCUUCGCCGCCAUCGUCCUCAGCAUCACCGUCUCCAAGCUCCGUGGCAAGAAGUUCAAGCUCCCCCCGGGCCCGCUCCCCGUCCCCAUCUUCGGCAACUGGCUCCAGGUCGGCGACGAUCUCAACCACCGCAACCUCAGCCUCGCCAAGAAGUUCGGAGACAUCCUCCUGCUAAGAAUGGGCCAGCGAAACUUGGUGGUCGUGUCCUCCCCGGACCUCGCCCGCGAUGUGCUCCACACGCACGGCGUCGAGUUCGGGUCCCGCACCCGCAACGUCGUGUUCGACAUCUUCACCGGGAAGGGCCAGGACAUGGUGUUCACCGUCUACGGCGAGCACUGGCGCAAGAUGCGAAGAAUCAUGACCGUCCCCUUCUUCACCAACAAGGUCGUGAACCAGUACCGGUUCGGAUGGGAAGACGAAGCGGGUCGGGUCGUGGAGGAUGUUAAGAAGGACCCGAGAGCCGCGAGCGAGGGGAUUGUGCUCAGGAGGAGGCUGCAGCUGAUGAUGUACAACAACAUGUACAGGAUUAUGUUUGAUACGAGAUUUGAGAGCGAGGAGGAUCCUCUGUUUGUGAAGCUCAAGGCUCUGAAUGGGGAGAGGAGUAGGCUUGCUCAGAGUUUCGAGUACAAUUACGGGGACUUUAUUCCCAUUUUGAGGCCGUUUUUGAAUGGGUACUUGAGGAUUUGCAAGGAGGUGAAAGAGAGGAGGUUGAAGCUGUUCAAGGAUUUCUUCGUUGAGGAGAGGAAGAAAUUGGCGAGCACGAAACCAACCGAUAACGCUGGCCUAAAGUGUGCGAUUGAUCACAUAUUGGAUGCCGAAAAGAAAGGGGAAAUUAAUGAGGACAAUGUUCUUUACAUUGUGGAGAACAUUAAUGUUGCAGCUAUUGAGACAACGCUGUGGUCCAUCGAAUGGGGCAUUGCCGAACUCGUGAACCAUCCCGAAAUCCAACAAAAGCUCCGCAACGAGCUCGACACAGUGCUGGGCCCUGGUGUCCAGAUCACCGAGCCUGACACCCACCGCCUCCCCUACCUCCAAGCCGUGAUCAAAGAAACCCUCCGCCUUCGCAUGGCCAUCCCCCUCCUAGUCCCCCACAUGAACCUCUACGAUGCCAAGCUCGGAGGGUAUGACAUUCCUGCCGAGAGCAAGAUCCUCGUCAAUGCCUGGUGGCUCGCCAACAACCCUGCUAACUGGAAGAACCCUGAAGAGUUCAGGCCUGAGAGGUUCCUUGAGGAGGAGGCUAAGGUCGAGGCCAAUGGCAAUGAUUUCAGGUACAUUCCCUUCGGAGUAGGACGGAGGAGCUGCCCUGGGAUUAUUCUGGCGUUGCCGAUACUUGGGAUUACUAUCGGGCGACUCGUGCAGAACUUUGAAUUAAUGCCGCCGCCGGGACAGGAUAAGCUUGAUACUACUGAGAAGGGUGGGCAAUUUAGCCUGCACAUUUUGAAGCAUUCCACCAUUGUGGCUAAGCCUAGAGUGUUCUAAUUCGUUACCCUGCAUUUGUGCUUUUUUUUUACUUGUUUUCUUUUCAUCGGUUAAACUUGUGUUACUGGAGUCUCAUCCAAAACUUGCCUUGUUGUGUUCUUUGUCUAAUUUGUGGAAAGGAACUUUGGAUUUAUGAAGGGGCGAGACUGUAUAUUAUCAUGAAAAUGAUUAUAAUAAUUACAAUGUUGUAUCCAAAUUAUAGAAUUGAUGUUGCAGAGUGAUAAUUGUAUCUCCA